CGCUCAGUGGCUCAGAUCAUCACACUUCUCUCUGUCCUUUGUCUCUGUUCUCCAGCUGUCUCUCCAUCCAUUCAUUCAUCUAUCCACCCCCCCCACCCCCUCUCUGUCCAUCCAUGUGAAUGAUGUCCAGUCUCAGGGUUCUGACAGUCCAUCUGCUUGGAGGCUCCCUGCUGCUGCCGUUGUUGCUGCUGCUGACUGCUGUCUGCGAGGCUCAGUACUACGACGACGUCACGUCGUCUCCGGAGGACGGGCUGGACUACAACGCCACCUUCGACUACAGCUUCUUCAGUAACAGCAGCAGCGAGGACCUGGAAAGGUUUAUCGAUGAGCUGGAAGGGGUCAAGGAGGACGGGGAGGAAGGAGAAGUGGUAGCAUCUGUCACUACAGCUACUGCGUUCAGGAGAACCACAGAGAGGAGCAAGGACACGGUUGAUAACAGCGCCUCUCUUCUUGUGUCUCUGGAUCUCAGGAAGCUGCUCUGGACUUCCAUGUUCCUGAUGGCUCUGAACUUACAGCAGCUGUGACACAAACUCACGGAGGAAAUCUAAACUUCCAGGUCUUGGCGGCUCUGCUGGUGCACCUGAAGCGCGGUGGGUGGGGUCCCUUUGAUUUCAGCCGAACCCGGACCGCCCUGCCUGAUCCGAACAGGACGGCCCGUCGCUCUGGUUGGUCAGGCUGGACGUCUGCCAGUCUCAGACCCGCUUCACUCACUCAGCAGCAGAGUUUUGUCAUCGACUCCAAAACAACUGAACCGCAGCUCAAGUUGAAUCGUUUAAAAGGGAAAUCGGCCUAAUUUUUUAGCACGAUUUUCUCUUUGUGGGAGCGUUUUAGAAAUAUUUAAAAGUAUGGAUUUUUGAUAAUGCCACAUGCUGCUGCAUGAACCUGGACUUCUAGAUGUUAAAUUUGUAACCAAACAUCAUUUGUAUUUUAGAGUGAAGAGGUCUGGACUUUAUUUUUAAGAACAUAUUUAUCAAGAGCUAAAAUCCUAAAACCAAAUGUUGUGCCGUUAGUUAAGUUUUCACCUGAAAACCCUUAUUUUACGGUUUUGUAUUCGAUAUAUCAUACAGCCAUCAGGCUUUUUAUUGUUUUCAAGGACACCAUGUUACUGGAAAUAUGCCCCACAAAAACAACAUUUCAUCAGGAAAAAUAUAAAACUUUGCUGCAAGUAUUAAACAGACAAAAUGCUUUAAAUUUUAAGAUUUUACUAAACACCCACCAGGAGAAAUGUCCUUAUUGUUCAAAUGAGCUUAUUCCUACUUAUAGUUGUUUUGCAAAUAGGGAAACAAGGUUAUUGUCAUGGAAAUGAAAAACACACAACAAACAGAUCCAAAGAGCUUUUUGUUGCAUCUAAACAUGAACCUGGUCUAUUGUCAUAACCCUGGAGCCGGAUGCAUCAAACCAUAAUUAUGGGCACAAUUGUAAGAAUCUCUCAAGCUGUUGUGACUGUUUUCUUCCUGGAUCUCUUUUCUUUUAUGCACACGUGCACAAGUCUGAUAAAGAUCUGCAUCUAGAACAUCUUAUUUCCCCUGCAAAAACACAAAUGCUCUUUAAUGAAAGUAACUGCAAAGAGGAAGCACAUUUCUGCCUAAAAUAGAAUCUUGUUUUUUGAAUGAAAAAUAAUUUGUUUUAUUUGGAUACAUAGUCUUGAGCAGGAGGAAAAACUACAAAAUGGAAAUAAGUCACAGCGCUCUCCCCAUUAUUGGUUUCAAUUGCUUUAAACGUUCCAACUACUGUUGUGACAACAUCACAAUCAGCUUUAUGACUGCGAUUAUUUGUUGUAGCUUGAACAAACUCUGUUUUGUGGAUUAGCCAAACCAUAAUGGUGUAAUAUGGCCCAGAUAACAUGAGAAGCUAUUUUUAUUGUAGGGAUUUACA